AUGUCUCGCGGACCUUUGGUCUUCUUGGCUAUCAUCGCAUUCGUCGCUCUACCAUUAGAAACCACAACUCAAACCGAGUUAACUACUCCGAAACCAGAAACAACAAUUCAAACCGAGUCAACUACUACGACACCAGAAGCAAAUAAUACAGGUCUAAGAAGCCGUAGAAGCAUACUCAACCGUUUCGCGGGAAUAGAUACAUUGGAGGACGGAACGAAAUACUACUGCUUCGAAAAAAGCGAAGACAACACCACAACCAGAGGAUGCACGUCUAAUGAACACUUAUGCGGAGACAAUAAAGAUUGCAAACUUUGUGAUACGGAUCGAUGCAAUUCGGCAACGUCGACGGCUGUCUAUGUGUCCAUGAUGGUGUCUUUGUUAGUUGUUUUAUUCGUCGCGAAAUAGAAAUGAUGAAUUUAUUUAUUAUCAGGGAGGUUCUAAUGUGAACCAGAUAACAUUCUGCCAAAAAACACCGUCAACUUCAUUUCUCCGCGGCAAACGAGUACUAUUAUACGAAAUUUCCUCUGCCAUGUUACAGCAAUGUAAUACGGAAUGUUAAAUGUAACGCGACAAUUGGACUCAAGCAGUGCUAUAUUAAUGUUAUGUAAUUAAAUUAUUGGGUAGUGUCAAACGAGUAGCUCGUUACGUAGAUUUAAAAAAUUAGAAAAAUGAUGUAAUCAACUUAGGCACGAUAAGGUAAAACCCAUGUGAUAUAUAAGGUGAUAUAUUUAUAUGUUGUGUCCCUUUUUGGCGAGAUUCCAUCAUCAGGACAAUAAAAAAUGUAAUUUAACAUUAACUAAAUAAUUUCAUUUAACGAAGUUCGUUUAAUCGAACGAUUUGCUAGAAUAAUUACCGAUAAAAUGGGCUUUUGGAAUAGGAAAUAGCAGAUGCCCUUUUAAACAUGCAAGACAUACAAUUUUUAACGUUAUUUUAAGUUAACUAGUUUACCAAAUUUUUCGAUAAUAAAAAAAAAGCAAAACAGUUGGCCUUUGAUUC